AUGGCAGUGGAAUGGGCCCAUCAAAAUAUCGCCGCGUUUGGUGGAGACCCAAAGCGCAUCACAAUCUUCGGCCAGUCUGCUGGUGGCUCUGCUGUUGACUAUUACUCACAAGCCUGGGCAAAGGAUCCCCUUGUUGCCGGUCUCAUCUCGCACUCUGGAACUUCGCUUAGCUUUGUGCCUAACACUGCUGAAGAGUCCGCCAGUUACUUUUACACUGCUUCCAAGAUUCUCGGUUGCGGAGACCAGACCAGUGACCCCGAAGAGGUUGUCAAGUGUGUUCGCCAGAAGCCGUUCUCCGACGUCGUCAAGGCGGGCGGCAAGGUCCCGCCCGCACCUUCACCAGCCACUCCACAGGCAGUGUUCCAUCCGACAGUGGAUGGAAUUACCGUGUUUGGCAACUAUGCCGAGCGAUCUGCUGCAGGCCAAUUCGCACGUCUGCCUUAUUUGAUCAACAGCAACCAUUACGAACCUGGCUACUAUCGCAUCAGCGCGUUUAACGCAAAUAUCACUCUCAGUGAUGCCGCAUGGCAGACUUUCAAUGAUGCGGCUUUCACUUGCCCUAGUGGUGCGUCCGCAAGAUAUCGAGUUGACAACAACGUUCCGGUCUGGCAGUCCCACUACUUCGGCGACUGGGACAACCUGCGUUUGCACCCUAACAGCGGAAGCUACCACGGUGCCGACCUGCCUAUGGUGUUCGGAACUGGAGAGCAUGUCAGCGGAAUUCCAAACAGCGACCGGGAGAAUGAAUUUGCCCGGUACAUGGCUUCCGCCUGGGUUGCAUUUGCGAGUGAUCCUCAAGAGGGCUUGACUAAGUUCGGAUGGCCCCGAUACAAUCCUAAUGAGAAAACACUGGUUGGACUUGCCUACACGGAGGGUUCCAAUAGCCAGUUGCUCCGACCUGAGGAUGUCGAGCAGGGAUGUGCUGCUUUGAAGGGUGACAGCACUCCCGGAAAGGGUGCCUUUUAG